AUUUUUUGUUGAAGGAGGCAUAAAAUGACUCUGGAUGUCUCACACUUAAUUUAGUUAUUAAAACCCUAUGUUAUCUGGAUUGUAAUUGCUGGUGGUCUUUACUUGAUAACUUCACAUGCACUAGUGCUAGACCUCCAGUAGUCAACACCCCUCACGCGCACUGCAGUUUCGGCUUGAUGUCUGAGUGGGUCCGGAAGAUGCUGCAGUCCUGAUGGAACGUUUAAACGGCAACAUUCUGCGUUUAUUUUUAAUCUAAUAACAGAUAGCAGUUUGUUGACGAGGAAUGAGCUACAUGAAUAUGAAGUCGUGCGUCGCAGCCGUGUGAAUUGCAGAUUUUUUUUUCUCCUGUUCAAUGAUGUACCUACAUUUCCUCCGCUCAGCUGCCUAUGGAGUGGGUUAAACCAUCCCUGCAGGAUUUAUAUUGCUUUAUAUGUGUCUUCCAAGUGUUUUUCUGACUAGUAAAUCUGUCUGAUCGUGUAAUAUUAAUAUGGAGGGUGACAUUCCAGUCAUGUUAGAGCAGUUCAUGAGCAGCUCUCUUGUCACUUGGGUUAAGACAUUUGGUCAACUAGGUGACAAAGAGGGGAACAUGCUCUCUGAAUACACUGAAUUAGUGGAUGGAAUAUUCUUGAACAAGGUCAUGAAUCAAAUAAAUCCCAAAGGGACUGUUCAAGUUUUAAACAAAGUGUACAAUGAUGUCGGCCAGAGAGCUCAAAACCUGUCUGUUCUCAUUUACCACAUCAAAUCAUACUACCAGGAGACCUUGCAUCAGCUGAUUAUGAUGUCUCCUCCCAAUGUGCUGCUGCUGGGCAAGAACCCGCUCUGUGAGGAAGGUCUAGAAGAGAUCAGGAAGUUGCUGCUGCUGUUGCUUGGCUGUGCUGUGCAGUGCGAAAGAAAAGAGGAGUAUAUCGAGAAGAUACAAUGUCUUGAUUUUGACACAAAAGCAUCAAUCGCAGCUCAUAUCCAAGAGGUGACUCAUUGUCAGGAGAAUGUGUUUGAUCUGCAUUGGUUGGAGAUGGAGGAUGUGUGUCCAGAUGAAUGGGAAAAUCUCUGCAGAAGUAUGAAUAUUAAUCUCAAAAUGUUAGUGGACCAGCGAGACCGGCAAUUUGAGGUCAUCGUGGAGCUGAUGCAGGGGAAAGAGACGAUGAAGUCUGUAGUGUUUGGUGAUGACUCCUCUCUCACAGAGUCCGCCAGCAGCCAUCUCCCUUUAUCCCAGCAGCAUCUGGCACUAGAGCUGACGGACGCUAAAGCCAAGAUCAAACGCCUCAGACAGGAGCUAGAGGAGAAAAGUGAACAGCUCUUAGACUGCAGGCAGGACCUGGACAAUGUGGAGGCGGAGCUUAAAAGACUCCAACAAGAGAACAUGCAGCUGUUAACAGAUGCACGAGCAGCCAGGAUGUACCGUGACGAGCUAGAUGCGAUGAAAGAGAGAGCCAUCAGAGCAGACAAACUGGAAAGUGAAGUGGCUCGCUACAAAGAUAAACUUCACAACAUGAACUUUUACAAAACCAAACUGGAGGAGCUAAAGGAAGAUAAUCAGGUGUUGAUGGAAAGUAAGGCCAUGCUGGAGGAACAGCUACAGAGCAUUAAAUUACGAUCUGACAAACUGCACCACCUGGAGAAACACAACCUCCUACUAGAGGCAAAACUUCAUGACAUGGAAGAGGAAAGAACUGUGGACAGGAGACAAAUAGAGGAGCUGCUGGAAAGGAACAUUAUAUUGGAGUUCUCUCAGAAAAGUAGUUUGGAGGAAUCACAACGCUUGGGCUGGGAGCUAGAACUCGCCAAGAAUCCUCAACAGAAUACAGGAACAGAGCUGAAGUCUUUGGGCCAGGAGGUAACUGAAAAGACAUGUAGCAGGUUGCUGAAACUGGAGAAGGAGAACCAGAGGUUGUUGAAGUCCCUGGAAGAACUUCAAGGAACCAGUCACCCAUUGGAUGAGUUUAUUUCUAAAUCUAAACAUAUUGAGGAAAAUGGGAGGACCAACAAUCAGUCCCUUGACACAGAACAUCUGCAUGCAUCCUUGGAAAAUACUAACGGCAAUCUUCAUUGUCUUGAAGUAGAGCUCCAUGAAUUGGAGAUGAAGAACCAGAGUCUUCAAGUCAAUUUAAACCAAAACCAAGGUCAAGUAGAUAUAGAAAACAAAGGUCUAGUGCAUGAAAAUGGACAUCUGGGACAAGAUAGGAGUUGUCUGGAGAAGGCGAAUCGGAGAUUGCAGCAGCAAGUGAAGAUCCAGGAGGCCUCGUUGAAUAGUAGCAGUUUGAAGUUGGCAGUUCUAGAGAAGGAGAACCGUACCCUGGUUAAAAAGAUUACCUAUCUAAGUGAGGCCUGUGCCAAGAACAAAGAACUGGAGAAGGAAAACCAGGAGCUGAUUCAACAGGCUGGAGUAGACAAGAGGAUGCUGAUGACAUUAAGAGAGGAACUGCUGGACCAGAGGCUGAAAUUGCAACAGAAAGAAUCUGAUCUUGAGAAAUUGAAUUAUGAGCUGGAGAGGAUGAAGUUAAACCAGGAGAAACGAAUGGGAGAUCACGAGGCUGUAGACCAGGGUCAGUGUAAGCAGUUGGAGUCAGAGCUGGAGUCUUCUCUAAUGAAAUCCCUGAAGAUUAAAAAAGAGAGAAUGGCUGCCCUGGAGGCCCGUCUGCAAGAAUCGGCCAAGAUAAACCAGCAACUACGACAGGAUCUCAAAACUGUCAAACAGAACUAUGAGGCAUUGCUUCAGAGGGAGGAGGAGGAAAAGGCAGGACAAUGCUCUCCACCAGAGAGGGCAUGGCACAGAGACAGUCAGGAGGCCACGUGGGCAUUGCUCAAGGUCAAAGAUCGACUCAUUGAGGUGGAGAGAAAUAAUGCAACAUUACAGGCUGAGAAACAGGCAUUGCAAACACAACUGCAGACCUUGCAGGUGCAGUCAGAUGGGUUGCAGGCACAAAUAAUUGCAUUGCAACAGCAGACGGCUUCCCUGCAGGAGAACAACACAGCACUGCAGACACACAAUGCACAACUGCAGGUAGAGAAGUCCACUUUAUCUUCCCAGAAUUCCUCUCUCAUGGCCCAUAAUGAACGGCUACAGCGGGAACGGCAGAGUUCUGAGGCUGAGAGGGAGGGUGCAGUACGGGAGAGAGAAGACCUGCGCACCGUUAAUGAACUUCUUCUCCGGGACCACGAGAGAUUGAGCGUCCUGCAUGAGAGACAGGCAGCAGAGUUGGAGGUGCUCUCCCACAGGUACUCAACAAUGGAGAACAGUCACCGAACACUGGAGAUAGAGCACAGAUCACUGGAGGACAGGUAUAACACGCUACUUCAACAGCGUGCUCAGCUGGAGGGGUUAGAGAGAGCUCUCAGAGAAGAACAGCAGAAGAUGCAGAAUGAAAUAUGCACAAACAGGAACACAACAACAGAGUGCCAAAGACUCAGAGACGAGAAAGACUGGCUGAAUCAGAUCUACCAGAAGCUGUUGGCAGAGAAUGAGGGACUUCAGGUUGAGCACAAGAGCAUAAAGAGCCAGUUGAACUCAAGCAAACUGGAGCAGACACAGCUGGAGUCAGAGCUGUCCAAACUCAAAGAGCAGAACCAGCAGCUGGAGAUCGCCACUAUUAAACUGACCAACCAGUGUGAGUUGCUGACCCAGCUGAAGGGGAACUUGGAGGAAGAGAACCGCCACUUGCUGGACCAGAUCCAGAGCCUGAUGCUGCAGAACCGGACCCUGCUAGAUCAGACUAUGGAGAGCAAGGACCUGUUCCAUGUUGAACAGAGGCAAUAUAUAGACAAACUGAAUGAACUCAGAAGGCAGAAGGAAAAGCUGGAAGAGAAAAUCAUGGAUCAGUACAAGUUCUAUGACCCAUCGCCUCCACGCAGACGAGGCAACUGGAUAACCCUGAAGAUGAGGAAGUUGAUGAAGACGAGGGCUCGUGAUCAGGAGCACGUCCAUUCUCCAACUCUCCGCUCCGAGUCAUGCGAGGGUCUGGAUGACCUGCGCUGCCAUGACAACGGCUCCUUCGUGGGUUCUCAGGGCUCAGAGGAAUCUGCUCCCAACUCCCUUAAUGGUGACACCCUGUCCCCCAAGAGGAGCAGCAUCUGCGCCCUGAAAAUGUUUCAUGUUAAGCGUAACAAACCAAAGGAUAAAGACAAAGUCAACUCUCUCUUCCGCCGAUCUCUGUCAAUGAAUGACCUGCUGCAGUCAGAGGGAUGUUUGGAUGAGGACUCCAGGCAGCAAGAAGAUCAGCUAGAAGAGCAAAUUAUGCAGCAUACCAUUGCCAUUUCAAAAAAACACUCCACAUCAUCAUCAUCAUUUCAACCCUACUCUUCCAUAGACAAUCAUACAGCAAUCUGUAAUCAAGGUAAAGAUUUUCAAGGAGACACAAUUCCACCAAGUCUUGCAAUUGGCGCAGAAAGCCAAAAUCAUGCUGGCCUGAAUGGCAAAUCGAGUCGUGCUCCUAGUGCGAGCAGUGGUGAGUUCAGCGUGAGCCUGGAGAACGAGGCCUGGUCCAGUGAUGGCAGCCCCCUUCCAGAUCAAUUCCCGUCCAACCGGCACCGAUUCAGUAACUCCCCUUCACCAGCCCGGCCCAACCACGAGGAGCUCAGGCAGGGUUACUGCUCGUCAGGGAGUGCGGUACGGAGGUCUAGCAGUGGGAGAUCUGCUGGAGAUCGUUCAGCACAAAAGCUGGACAAAGCAAGCAUUGGACUGUAUAAAACUCAGAGCGUGCAAAGUACAGAGUCUGAUCCUAAACCUGCUCUCGAGACACAAGGGAAGUCCUCCUCUGUAUCAGGGUGUUUGAACUGCUUUGCCACUCCAAUGAGAAGCCCCAAAACGGGCCAGGCUCUGUCCACUUUACCCCGCGCCAGCUGUGUCAUCUCCACGUCAGAGGGCAACAGUCGCCGUGCCAGUGUCCAUAGCACUAUGUCAGUAAAGUCAGUGGGAUCGGUGUCAAGUAAGAAUGGCGCUGAUCCUCAUAUGACUCAUCCUGACCACAGUGACGAGGUUUUAAAAGGAAGCCCUGUCUUGGAAGAGGAUAACCGCCAACCGGAACACCUUUUUGAUUCAGCAUUCACCAUAGAUUCAGUCUUUACAAACACAAUUUUCAGCGAGUCAACUUAAGGUGAUACAAAAAUAUGUUCUAAGAAGGUUUUGCCAAUGUUUAUAUUAAGUUCUGAAAACAUUAUUUAUCUGAUUGUUCUCUGAAUGUUCAAAACAUCCAGUUUUUUAAAUGUUUUAAAAACAUUUUUUUCUCGGAUAUGUGAACGUUAAGGAAGGAUUCCGUUUUAUCAUUCUGCAAACAUUAUAGGAUACUUUUGGAUGUUUUUUGAACAUUCUGAAACAAGUAGUAACAUUUAAACAAAUGUUAGAUGAGCAUCCAAUUAAAAUGUUUAAGAAAAAAUGUUUCAUAAAUGAUGUAUAGGCCUUAUAUGUAGCUCCGCCCCUUUUCAGCACUGCACUCGUUGUGUUCUGUCUUCCGAUUUAUAUUUCUACAGCAUGAAGGUAAGAUCUUACAGAUUUAUGAAUGAACCGCCAGUUUUAAAAUCUUCCCGGUCUACUGACAUUUGUUAUGACACCCGCUUCAAACAUUACAAUGCUCAUGAUAACAUUCGUCAACUCUACAAUAAAUCCACUUCACCAGCUAAUUACUCUUCGACAGUGAUGCCAUUGAAAUAUACAGAGCUUCCGCAAAAAUUUAAGUUCAAACACAAAAUUCUUAAGAUGGCUGUGCGCUUGUUUCUCUGGGACACAAGGUUUAUAAAUAAUGUUUUUGUGCUAACAUUUCAAGAACGUUAUUAAAGACCAUAUAACUUUGAACAAAUAUUCUAUUAACUUUACUGGAAGAACGUUUGUUUAUAACUUUGAGAGAACCUUGCCGGAACAUUAGCCAAAGUUCUGAGAAUAUGCCCUUUUAGCUGGAAGUUAGGAAAGGUUUUCAGUAUGCAAACACUUCUGAUGAAAUCAGUUGUGACUUAUUUAUGCCAGCAAUUUAUGCACUAUGAUUAUGCCAUCUGAGGUGUAUUUAGGCAUAAUCAGUCAGGAAGCAGCCAAGAAACAAUCCUUGACUUUGAACAAUCCUUAACUACGACCCUUAGUUUAUCUUGACAUGUCUUGGUUUGGUUGAAAUAUUUAUUUUUUCCCUUAUCAAUCCUUAUUUUGUUUCUGUUCUUUUUUUAAUGUAUUUUGUAUUGUUUGUGUUUCAUGUGUUAAAUGUUCCCUUUUAUUUUUUUUUUAAUUAUAUGCAUGAAAGUAAAAAUAAAAAGUAGGAGUCCCUCUGUGCAUGUAGCAUCAAAACUGCUGUGGUUCAUUUGUUCUGACUACUGUAUAUUACAGUCAUUUUCCUUUUUUGCAGAAUAGAAGAGCAGAGAGUGUUUUUUUGUUGUUUAUUUUUAGCUGAAAUGCACCCUGUAUUUGUUAAAACCAGUAAAUGUAUCAGAGUACCUGUGUAUCUUGCUUUUUAUCUAAUUUUAAAAUGUUUUCCUUCUAACUUAAGAAAACUGCAGCUUUGUUUGCUCAUAUUGUGGUGCUUUGUGCUCAUGUUUCCUACAUUUAUUAGCAGAAGUGUUUGAAACAUAAAUAAUUUAAAAAAAAAAAAGAUUGUACGAUUUUUUGAUGACAUAAUAAAAAUUACUUUACUAUGA